UCAUGUUGUUUCCGCUUUAGGGCCCUUAAAACAUAACAUAAAUUAUCUUUUCAUAAAGAGGUACUUAAAAAAGAUACACCAUUUUCUUUGUCACUUUGUUGAAAAUUUAUACUUUAAUAAAGCUGGAACUUCCAAUAAUGCUCCAUUUAAUACUUAACUCAAUACCCUUUACAGGCAAUCAGUUCAAAUCCGCUAACAAAAAAGGCAAAUUCUAUGUGAAAAUUAAAGCAACUCGUGAUUUGCAUGGAAGGUGUUCGAUGAAAUGACUGAAAGAGAAUUCAAUUAAAAAAGACCAUAGCAACAGUGUAAGGAUGUUACCUUUUUUUCUUUCUCAAUAAACAAAGACCAUUAGCAAUGGAUUGUGGAAAAAUUUCAUCUUUUUGCUGUAAAAGGACAUGUAAAAUGAGUACUGUAAAAGUUUCAUCUUUAUAAAGUUGAAUUCCAAAGAGGAAAGUGACAAGAAAAUGGUGUAUCUUUAAUUUAUUUUUUUUUUGGAAAAGAUAAGCUGUGCUAUGGUAUAAGGGCCCAGAAGUGGGAACAACAUGAAAAAGUGAAGAAAAGAUUGUUCUUUUUCAUAAACCACAUUAUUGUUGUUUGUGGAUUUACGUGAACCUAGUAGCUUUUGCCUAAAUCAUGUAUAUGUUUUAAGAAAUUCACUAAAUAUUUAUAAAUGUUUGAGCUGAGGGUUAAUCGGAAACAACCUCUCUACCUCACAAAGGUAUGGGUAAGGUCCGUGCUGUGUUGUCAGAGGCGUGCUUAAGUGCUUUGCGUCGCUUGAUUUGGGCUUCAAUGUCGUCACCAGGAUUCUAAGACGUACUUUUCCUUGCCAAUGAGCCUUUUGAAGAGGCGACAUUAAACAAUUGAUAUUUCACUUUAUCGUAAUUUUUUCUUCAAUUUCUUUGUUCAUAUAUUUGUCGUUCAUGCUUAUUAACUAUUAGUGUUGGACUAAACAUAUUCACUAAAGCACAUGCUUUAUUUGCAUUUUGUGCUUAAAGCCCCAACAGACGUUAGAGCUUUUCUGCGCUUGUUGCUUUUGAUAACACCGGGACCCAGGGUUUGUAUUUCUCUUUUGCUGCUUAUAGUCAUUUUAGAGGUGACUGUGGAACAAGCUACGCAAGGCCCUCUACGCAAAAUCUGUACAAUAACUUUAUAUGAUGAAAAAUUGCCAAAUAUACCUCCUCUUGCAAAAGAAGAUGGAGGUCACGGGUUCAAGCCUUGGAAACAGCCUCUGAAAGAAAUGCAAGAGGAUGUCAUCAAUGAUCUGCUUGGGUGUUCUGGGGAAAUAUUAUCUCCAAGUUGUUCUAUUGAAUCAAAUUCUGUUACUUGCGAUUGUUAUCCUGAGAACCAGAAAAGAUGUCGAGUAGUGCACAUAGAUUUCUCCAAUAGACAAUUACAAGGUGUGAUCCCUGGGAAGAUUGGAAACCUUCUAUAUUUAAAAAGGCUAUAUUUGAAUGGAAACAAUUUGCGAGGAUACAUUCCUGAAUCAUUCAAAAAUCUGGAUAAUCUGUUGGAACUUUCUCUCUGUGAUAACUUAUUGGAAGGACCCAUUCCACCUUUCUUUGGUCAGAUGAAGUCUUUAAAAAGCAUAUAUUUGUGCAAAAACUUCUUCAACCAAACAAUUCCUCCGCAAUUGGGUUUUCUCCCAUCGUUAGAAUAUUUAGACUUGGACAAUAACCUUUUAUCAGGGAAAAUUCCGGAUGAGCUGGGAAAUAUUAAGAGCCUCAUUGGAUUGUACCUCGUUGAUAAUCAACUCUCGGAUGUACUCCCGGACCGGCUUGGAGAUCUUGUGAAUCUUGAGGAGUUGCACUUGCAGAACAAUGAAUUUAUUGGUCCCUUGCCGCUGAGCUUCAAGAAUUUGAAUAAACUGACAUACUUCAAUGUGCGAGGGAACAACCUCAAUGGAGCAAUCCCAGAUAUUUUCGAGCAGUGGCAAGAUCUUCGUAUCAUGAAUCUGAUGGGGAAUAGUUUUUCUGCACCUUUGCAUGGCCAAUUCUCGAAGCUGAAGAGUCUAACGGAUCUGCAUAUCAGUCACUUAAUUGGAGGAAGCUCGUCGUUUCCAGAUUUAUCCGGAACGAAAAUUUUGAGAGUUUUGACAUUGAGGAAUUGUUCAAUAGCUGACCGCAUCCCUAUUCAGAUAUGGAAUUUAUCUGGCCUAAAGUAUCUGAAUCUGGAAUGCUACUGACGCUCUGGAUCUCAUGCUUCUAAACCUAUGGUAUAAGACACUAUAGCUCGAAUGCGCCAGUACUUUGAAUGUCCUGGUAUGCAAGUGAGGGACUUGAGUUUCAAUAGUUAGUUUGGUGCAAUUCCGGAAGCUGUUAACAACUCGCUGAAUUAUAUAUUUCUAAGAAAAAAUAAUCUCAAUGAGACAAUUCCAGCUUGGAUGAAUGCUACUCAAUACGUGGAUGUUUCUGAAAACCUUUUCAGAAAUGUGGGCAUUAACCACGGACAGACGCUAAACCCUGACUUGAAUCUGUUCGAGUGCUGCCCCAACGAAAAGGAUAAAUGAUUGGUUGUAUAUAAACUGCGGUGGAGAGUCUGUAUCAGUUGACGGAAGAGUUUAUGAAGCUGAUGUAAAUCCACGUGGUGAAUCAACUUUCUUCAAUAGAUCAAAUUGGGGCUAUAGUAGUAUGGGAAACUUCUUAUGGGCAAGUCGUUAUAAGUACAUUCUAAAUGAUAG